CCGGAAACCAGGCCACCCCCUUCCGCCACCAGCCGGAAGUGCCUGCUACUCAGGGCAGAAGAGCUUCCGGUGAGUCCGCGAGGGAGCUGCGGCUCACCAUGGCGAACUCUUUGGUCGGGAAGAAGAUCGUGUUUGUCACGGGGAACGCAAAGAAACUGGAGGAGGUCAUUCAGAUUCUAGGAGAUAAGUUUCCAUGCACUCUGGUGGCACAGAAAAUUGACCUGCCAGAGUACCAAGGAGAGCCUGAUGAGAUUUCCAUUCAGAAGUGUAAGGAGGCAGCUCGCCAGGUGCAGGGCCCUGUACUGGUGGAGGACACUUGUCUGUGCUUCAACGCCUUUGGAGGCCUCCCUGGUCCCUACAUAAAGUGGUUUCUGGAGAAGUUAAAGCCUGAAGGUCUUCACCAGCUCCUGGCAGGGUUCCAGGACAAGUCGGCCUAUGCACUCUGCACAUUUGCGCUCAGCACCGGGGACCCCAACGAGCCUGUGCGCCUCUUCAAGGGCCGGACCUCGGGCCAGAUUGUGGUGCCUCGAGGCAGCCGGGACUUUGGCUGGGACCCCUGCUUUCAGCCUGAUGGAUACGAGCAAACGUAUGCAGAGAUGCCCAAGGCUGAGAAGAACACCAUCUCCCAUCGCUUCCGGGCCCUGCUUGAGUUGCAAGAGUACUUUGGCAGCCUGACUCCUCCUGGGGCUGGUGAGGACCCCUCUGGCCAGGGAUCAAGGGACGGCUAGCCUGAACCUCCUCCGUCUGGCGGGCACCCGUCCAAAUACUUCUUUCAGAGUUGCCACUUCCUGGGGGUGUUACCAGCUGUCUGGAGCAGUUGGCUCUGCUUGGAGAACAUUGGCCAAAGGACACCAUCCUCUUGCCCUUGGGGGUUCAGUGGUCCUCGGUAGCCCCCAGGCCUGGGGUCCCGAUAGGACCUUCGGUGGCAAAACUGGCCUGGGCAGGAUUGAGGGUUUCGGGAAGAACCAAUGUUUUUUAAAUACAGCAAAUAAAAAUUCUGGAAGGUUCUUGCUUCCAAAAUAAA